AUGGAAACUUUCACUGAACCUUCCAAAGGUUCAUUUUCCGUCCCUGUCUGUGGGACUUCUCCAGCUCAAUCCAAGGGCACCUGUAAGAAUUACCAAGCAAUUAGUAAAGAUAUACAUCAAAUCGAUGACAAGCAAGAGGAGGGGAGAAGCUUUCAACCACCAACAGUAGAGAUUCUAAAGGGGAUUGGACUAAACAGGGGAAGCUCUGUUCUUUUCUUUGGGAAUGGAAAGAUAUGGAAGCCACCAGAUCUGUGGGAGUGUACAUUACAAUGUCAGAGUAAGAAGAAGAGAAGAGGGAAACGAGGGAAUAGAAGGUCUAGGAAGAUCUAUGCUACAAACUAUGGAACUAACCGGUGGCAGGGUGAAGGGAGUCUUGAGCCAAGUGCCCCUGCUACGGAUGAGAACAAACAGAGGAGGGCAGAAACCAGCCAAGAGAAGCAUAAUGAAUGCUUUGACAAGAGAGUUACCCACCACCAGCAAGAGGAAAAAGAAGCCCGUAUACGAAGGAGAAGCCUUAAAGAGGGCAGAGAAGCUUACCUACAAAGGAGAAGCCAUAAAGAGGCCAAAAAAGAUAGGAAAAGGGGGCCAAGGGAAAUUGAUUAUAUAAGAAAGCUUCAAUUCCACAUCCUCUGCUACCUAAUUCACAAUCUUCUUCCCCCCCAAAAAACACAACCUCUUUCAACAGAAAAAUACCACUUGUGUCCCAUGGAUAGUAAUAGAAGCAGAGCACAAAUGGAACCAAGAGGGGAGAGCUACCUCAUACCUUCUUCAUCGAGAGGCAGAGGUGGGCGCCCAAACCUGUCAUCUUCAGGAGGCAGGGGAAUUGCAAUGUUGCUGGGAAAGAUGCUGACAGAGAGUAAGGUGGCUCUGGCGAAAGCGGCAGGUGCAGCACGCUAUGUGAUAACGAUGUAA